AUGGGAAUUCAGGGGGGAAUUUUCACUCCAGAAUCAAAUGAACUUCAGAGUGCAUUCAAAUACGCGAUAUUUUUGCAUAACAAGAAUGAAUCAUCUCGAUUUCAAAUCGAACCGAUAACCGAUGUGAUCGAUACCAAUGAUCCAUUUAGAUUUACCCGUCAAAUGUGCCUACAAUUGUCUCGAGGUAUUUUCACCCUUGUCACACCCAUAAUUGGACCAUCAUAUGAAACACUCGUCUCAUAUUCAAAUACCUUCCAGAUGCCUUUUAUUCAUCCCGGUUACCCGGAAACAAACAGUUACAAUUAUCCCAAUUUCGGACUCAACAUCCGACCGGAUUACAUCAAGGCCAUUGCCGAAGUGGUUAAACUGUACACAUGGAAAAAUAUAAUCUACAUUUACGAUUCGGACGAAGGUAUGGUUUUUGAUGAAAAUCUAAAUUCAUCAAGCAACGCGAAUAUGAACAAUAACCCUCAAAGUAGAUCUGCAACUGAUCAACAAAAUGAGAAUCCUCAAACGACCCAACCGGAAGCUCACCAACUCACUGUGGAAGAGGAUGAAGAGAUCAGAGAGACAGAAAACCGAUUAAAUGAACUGCGAGCGGCCAGACGAAUGCGUUUGGAACAACGAAUCACUGCUCCAUCAACAUCUGAAACUAGUUCUGCAGAAAACAACACGUCCGCCUCUGAUGAAAGCCCCGGUCCUCUUUCCAUCGUAUCAGAUUCUCUGCAACAAGACAUCACGAGUGAAUCAAUAGGGACACAAAAUAUUGAUCAGCAAACUAGAUAUAAUUUACGCUCAACAACGACCCCUUUGAUUCCAUCUUCGCCUACAUUAGCACCUUCGGUCCCCUCUACUUCAGCUGCUAAUUCAGAUGAGUAUAACGAGGAAGAAUAUGUUGGUGGUCAUGCCGAAUUGGUUUUACGAUACCCAACGGGCGAAAACGUGCGGACAAAUCAAAUAGUAAAGUUCAAAAAUCUAUCCUAUGCUGAAAGUACUCUUAUUGAAAUCAUUGAAUAUCAAGGCAAACCUUAUUGGAGAGGUCGCUAUAAAGACCCUCUUUUCGAACAGAAAGAUUUAGUUGAUUACGAUGAGAGGAACAAUACAUCGUUGAAGCGUAGAAAAUACGAGGAUCUUCCAGAAGAAGAGAAAAAACAACUUGUUUUUGUCAGCCAAACCCAGAAAUUUCAUAAUGAUUUCAUCAAAAAAUACCCUUAUGCUUUUGAAUGCGGUUACUGUUUCACUACUAAAUGUAGAGCUGACCUUCUUGUUCGUCACAUCUUUGGGAGAGACGAUUCUACAAAUAGAUUCGCAACUGUUUGCUCGAAAAGGAUCGAAAUCGACAAUUUAAUGGCGCGUGAUAUCCAUAAUACUCCUCUUAGAGAUCCAUGGGCGAGAAUCAUUAUAAACGAUCCAUCUUAUGGUUUUGAUGAUCCGAUACCACGGAAAAUUGUGCGUGAAUUCAAUCGGCAUUUUACGAAAAAUCACAAAAUCACCAAUCCUGAAAUAAUUGGUGAUUAAUACAAUUCAUUCUUUUUCAUUGUAAUACAUUUGUAAUACAUAAAUUUUGCUUUUAUCUUUUUUACUUUUAUAAAUUUGUAAUCAUUAGAAAUUUGUAACCAUUGGUUA